CGUUCGUGCGUGGAGGAGCCGGGCUGGAAGAAAGGCCGCUCCGUGGGCACGGGGCUGCAGCGCGCCGAGCGGCUGGGCCCAGCGACGGCGCGGAUGGCGGACUCCCAGCUGUUCUGCGUGGCCGAGGAGCGCAGCGGCCACUGCGCAGUGGUGGACGGAAACUUCCUCUACGUGUGGGGGGGCUACGUGUCUAUUGAAGACAAUGAAGUAUAUUUGCCUAAUGAUGAGAUUUGGACCUAUGAGAUUGAUAGUGGGUUGUGGACCAUGCACCUCAUGGAAGGAGAACUCCCUACCUCCAUGUCAGGAAGUUGCGGUGCUUGCAUUAAUGGAAAGCUAUACGUUUUUGGAGGAUAUGAUGACAAAGGAUACAGCAAUCGACUUUAUUUUGUUAAUUUGCGAACAAGAGAUGGAACCUAUGUUUGGGAAAAAAUCACCAACUUUGAAGGUCAGCCACCCACACCACGUGAUAAACUUUCCUGCUGGGUAUAUAAAGACAGAUUAAUAUAUUUUGGUGGCUAUGGGUGUAGGAGACACAAUGAACUCCAAGAUUGUUUUGAUGUUCAUGAUGCGUCUUGGGAAGAGCAGAUAUUCUGGGGAUGGCAUAACGAUGUUCACAUAUUUGACACAAAGACACAGAGUUGGCUUCAACCAGAAAUUAAAGGUGGUGUUCCACCGCAGCCUCGAGCCGCGCAUACGUGUGCAGUUCUCGGAAAUAAGGGCUAUAUCUUUGGCGGACGUGUUUUGCAAACUAGGAUGAAUGAUUUGCACUAUCUAAACUUAGAUACCUGGACCUGGUCUGGAAGGAUUCCAAUUAAUGGAGAAAACCCCAAACAUCGGUCAUGGCAUACUUUAACACCAAUAGCUGAUGAUACGCUUUUCCUAUUUGGUGGACUAAGUGCAGACAAUAUUCCAUUAAGUGAUGGUUGGAUUCAUAAUGUCUUAACAAAUUGUUGGAAACAGCUUACACAUCUACCUAAAACAAAACCCAGGUUAUGGCACACAGCCUGUUUGGGAAAAGAAAAUGAAAUAAUGGUAUUUGGUGGGAGCAAAGAUGAUUUACUUUCCUUGGAUACAGGUCAUUGUAAUGAUUUAUUGAUCUUUCAAACACAGCCUUAUUCACUACUCAGGUCAUGCCUUGACUGCAUUGGUAAAAAUGCUAUAAUUUUAGAAAGUCAGAUAUCUUUAUUACCUCCUAAACUUCUCCAACAAGUACUCAAAAAAAUAACAUUUUGGACUGCAGUUAAUCACCGAGAAGAACAAAGAGCCCAAAAAGAAGAAACAGAAAAUAAGUAUCAGUGGAUCAGUAGCAAUUAAGUUGUUAUAUACUCUAUGUAUUUAAUAUGUUUAAACAUUUUAAUCAGACUGUAUAUUUACUCCCCAGAUUGGAGGCUUUAUUUAGAAGAUAAAAUCUGAAACAAAAAUUCUAUGUUAAACUGAUUGUAUGGCAUGAGAUAUAUAGGAAGAAGAUGUUAAUGGCAGAUUAAUUUGUAUUUAUAUUUGUAAAUUAACGUAAAUUAAUUUCCUUAUAAGUUGCAGAAAAAAAAUCUACUUUCUGAAAGUAAGUAUAAUUGUAAGAGACUUUAACUCACUGUGUCUUCUUUACUGGAAAGAUUAUACAAAUUUGAGGAGAAUAAGAAAUUACCCCAAGGAUUUUAGAGAUUCCCCAACCUAAAGAUAGAUAGAUAUAUAAAAACACCUUAUAUCAGCUUUCAGAAAGAACAGAUUUUUCUCAAGUCACUUUAAAAUUACAUAAAGCUUCCCAUUAAAUGACUCAGUUAUUUAAAGAACUUCUCCUUAAAUAACUAAUACAGCUGGCCAAAAUGAUAAAAUAGGCAAGCACUGCUAUGGGAUUAAAUAUUGAACUCCUACCCUUUUAGCACUUAUCUAGUAAAGUAUUCUUCCUCACCUUUGAGUAGGGGAAUAAAUGUCUUCAAUUGUUUUUCUGUUACCUCUGAGUUGUUAGUUUGUCCCAUUUUAUAUGUAUAUAAAGACAAUGUUUGAAAGUGUCUAAAGUGGAGAUUUGUCAUACAAGCUUUGAAAUAUUGAGAGGCAGUAUAGUUAUUAACUUUAGAGAUACCUGAAGAUACAUUUUGCCUUGGGGGAAUACUUCUAAAGUAACUUUCAGUGAAUUAUGAAAUGGGAUGAUAACCUAGUAAUUUGCCUUUCUAGAAACCCCUCAUUUUGGCCCACACCAUUCUAGAGAGUUGGUGCUCAAGACCCAGGAUAUUCAAAAUAUGUUAUCUUCCCAUUUAUUUUCAGUAUUAACUGCCUGUAAAGAAAUGGAACAUGAAUAUUUAUCUUUAUGUUCUUUAAAUAGUACUUUUGCCAUGGUUAAGAAGUCGUUCACAUAUCACAGUUGUACCCAUCCAUUGAAUUACUAAUAACAAGGAAUUACUAAGAAUUUGGUAUAUAAAAUUACUGUCUACCAUACCACCAUGCACGUUGACUCUGAAAUUUAAAAUGUUGGAGUAAAUAUAUUUCUGUGUUGAAGUGCAUGUAUAAUUUAUAAUGAAAAUUACCGUAGUUUAUAGAUCUCACUACAUUGUAGAGAUAUAUUUUAUAUAUAUGUACUGUAUUUUAGACGUGUAAAGCUUCUAUUUGUGUAUUGAAAUAUUUUGUGUUUACAUUUUAUUUAUUAUACAAGCUGUAUAGAAUUACUAUUUUCCUAGUUUUGUUAGUGUGAACCAGUCAUUAGAAUUGAUUGUGCAAACAAUAUAUCAGUGUAAGUUUUCAUUUUUUCUUACUAUUUUCAGGCUGAAUAACAGAAUUAGAAAGUGAAUCUCAUAGGUAAUAUGGGUCUUAGAAGUAAUUAUUUUAUUACUGUGAACUUCAGUAUUCGGCAUUCUAUAAGGAAAAAAUAUCAGAACAUAUUAGACAGUGAUAGACGACACUGAGCGGGAUGAACACUUUUCAAAAGGGCUUCUGGGUUGUGUGAAAGCCUUCUCUAGCCUCUUAGAGAGGCACUUCUGUUUUUAAAUGGUUUACCUAAACACUAAAAGUUAGAUUAACUCCCUCAAAACACACACUCUUCGUUUAGGCUUCAGGAGAAUGAAAAUCUAUAUAUUAUUUAUGGCACACAAAACUGGUACUCUUCUUAUUUGACUUAAUAUAUUGUACUGCUUCAAAAAGUUAUAUGUCCUGAGGUAGCCCCAUAGUAGGAGUGGCAGGGAAUUCUAAUCUGAUCUUCAAUUUCCAAAACUUGGCUUAUAGCAGGGCUUCCCUGCUAUUAGAUGUAGAAAUUCUACGAGCUGGCAAAGCCAGUUUUGAAGAUCCCUAGUCAAGCAGUAUUCAUUCCUCACUUCUUAGCACUUAUGGUUUACUAUCAACUUCUGUGUUGUUGACCUGUGCAGUGUAUAGGAACCCAAGGCAACAUCAGCUGCAUAACUUUAUCUCUUAACUCUCCCUUACGGGGGUUCUCUGUUUGAAAGAUGACUCUAGAGGGUUGACUUUUUUUUUUUUUUUUUUUCAGGUGGUUGACAAAAUAGGUUUCCAGUCUGAUUCUCAAGGAAAAAGAAUCUCUGGCCAUCUUUAUUAUGUGUAUCAGGAUAUUCUUCCAGUUGUCAGGAAGGAUUCUUUUGAGAACACUUCACAGGAAAAGAAACAGUUUUAAGAAACAAAUAGUACCCCAUUUCCACUUUUUUUUGGUGCCUGUUUUUUCAUUGUAUUAAUGUGAUUCUAUUGGAAUUUUCAAUUUGAUGAAGUUAUCAAACGGUCCAGCAUGUGAGUGCGGCAAGAACAUUUUUUAAAUCACCCAAGUAAUGGACUGAAUGUUUGUAUCCCCACAAAAUUAAUAUGUUGAAACCCUAAUCCCCAAUGUGAUGGUUUUUGGAGGUGGUGUCUUUGGGAGGUAAUUAGGUUUAGAUGAGGUCAUGAGGGUGGGGACCCCAUGAUGGGAUUAGUGUACUUAUAAGAAGAAGAAGAGACCAGAGAUCUCCUUCUCUGUCCCUAUCACAUGAAGAUGCAAUGAGAAGGCAGCCGUCUGCAAGGCAGGAAGAGGGCCCUCAUUAAGAACCAAGUCUGUCAGCACCUUGAUCUUGGACUUCCCAGCCUCUAGAACUAUGAGAAAUAAAUGUCUGUUGUUUAAGCCAUCCAGUCUAUGGUAUUUUGUUAUAGCUGCCUGAGCUAAGACAUGUCUGAGGUCCACAGUUUACAUUAGAGUUCAGUCUUGGUCGUGUACAUUUUAUGGGUUUAGACAAAUGUGUAGUAACAUGUAUCUACCUUUAUAGCAGCAGUCCCCAACAUUUGUGGCACCAGGGACCAGUUGGUUUCGUGGAAGACAAUUUUUCCACAGAUGGGGGGUGGGGGGGAUGGUUCAGGCGGUAAUGGGAGUGAUGGGGGGCAGCAGAUGAAGCUUCACUCGCUCACCAGCCACUCACCUCCUGCUGUAGCCACUCACCUCCUGCUGUGCGGACUGGUACCAGUCUGGGGCCCGGGGGUUGGGACCCCUGCUUUAUGGUAUCAUACAGACUAGUUGCACUGCCUAAAAAUCCUACGUGCUCUGCCCAUUCAUUCCUCCCUCCCCCCAAACCUGGCAACCACGGAUAUUUUAUUGUCUUCAUAGUUUUGUCUUCCAUAAUGUUAUACAGUUAGAAUUACACAGUAUGUA